UUUUUCGUGAGGUUGGCAACAUCUGCCCCUUCCUUCCUUCUUUUGCGCCGCUCCUCCGGGCAGAACUACGAGAGAACGUGAUCGAUCGAAUUUCAAAAAAGGCACACACCUACCCCCUGUGCUCCCGAGAUCACGAAAUUACUCUAAAUCUCCUGAUUUAAAAUUCAGGGGUUCGUGUUUCGUGAUUUUAUUCCAUUCCGUGUGUGAACCUAGAUUCCACCUCGACCCGCGAGGUAAUUACCAAGUGAGCACCCACCUAAUCGAACAAAAUGUCGAACCUCGCUGAUCCGGUCGCGUUCGCGAAAGAUUUCCUCGCUGGCGGUAUCUCCGCCGCGGUCUCCAAGACUGCCGUGGCACCCAUCGAGCGUGUCAAGCUGCUGCUCCAGGUCCAGCACGUCAGCAAACAGAUCUCCGCCGACCAGCGCUACAAGGGUAUCAUCGAUGCCUUCGUCCGCAUUCCCAAGGAGCAGGGUCCCCUGUCCUUCUGGCGUGGUAACCUCGCCAACGUCAUCAGGUACUUCCCCACCCAGGCGCUGAACUUCGCCUUCAAGGACAAGUACAAGCAGGUGUUCCUCGGAGGCGUCGACAAGAACACCCAGUUCUGGCGCUACUUCGCGGGUAACCUCGCCUCCGGUGGUGCCGCCGGAGCGACCUCCCUCUGCUUCGUGUACCCGCUCGACUUCGCGCGUACCCGUCUCGCCGCCGACGUCGGCAAAGGCGACGGCCAGCGUGAAUUCAAGGGUCUCGGCGACUGUCUGGGCAAGAUCUUCAAGUCCGACGGUCUGACCGGUCUGUACAGAGGCUUCGGCGUGUCCGUGCAGGGCAUCAUCAUCUACCGUGCCUCCUACUUCGGAUUCUACGACACCGCCCGCGGCAUGCUGCCCGACCCCAAGAACACACCGCUCGUCAUCAGCUGGGCCAUCGCGCAGACUGUCACCACCGUCGCCGGUAUCAUCUCGUAUCCCUUCGACACGGUCCGUAGGCGCAUGAUGAUGCAGUCCGGCCGCGCCAAGGGCGACAUCCUCUACAGAAGCACCAUCCACUGCUGGGCCACCAUCGCCAAGACCGAGGGAACCGGCGCCUUCUUCAAGGGAGCCUUCUCCAACGUCCUCAGAGGAACUGGAGGCGCCUUCGUGCUUGUGUUAUACGAUGAGAUCAAGAAGCUUCUCUAAAUCUAAUGUAAGAAUUGUUACCAUAAUUACAAUUAAUUGUGAUUCCGAAUCACCACAGAUAGCCACUCCCUUAAAUCAUGUAUUAUUAGACGCGGAAUUAACCUAGUAACUUAUUUUAGUUAAAUAAAAGCGUUAUACACCAAUUCCAACA